UCACGGCGUCGACUGCUUUCGUCUCAUUGGCGCAGGUGAUCCGUUUCGGGAUGCGAGAGGAGAGCGGAGGAGAGGGGAAGAGAGAGGGAGAAGCGCCGAUGGAAAAGUGACCAGGGCUCGGUUAGCAAGAAAACAGGAUACCGCCCCGAUUCAGUUUGUCCUGGGCCUCUCGGCGAAGUGAGGUUCAUCGAAAGGGGCACUUUGAGAUAUCAUGCGGUUUAUUUCUGGUCGGCAAUAGUACUAUGAUUUGGUAUGUGGCCACUUUGAUAGCAAGUGUAUUCAGCACCCGAGGAACGGCCGCUCAAGGUGCCCGCGGAGUGCGAGAGGAGCCCCAGUUUGUGACAGCACGUGCAGGAGAGAACGUCAUCCUGGGAUGCGAUGUCUCCUACCCCCUGAACGGCCAGCCCUACGUGGUGGAGUGGUUCAAGUAUGGAAUGCCCAUCCCUUUCUUCAUUAACUUUCGCUUCUACCCUCCUCAUGUGGACCCGGAAUAUGCUGGCCGGGCCACUCUGCACGGCAAGUCCUCCCUCCGGAUAGAGAAUGUGCGUUCAGACGACCAGGGCUGGUAUGAGUGUAAGGUGCUGAUGCUGGAACAGCAGUAUGACACCUUCCAUAAUGGCAGCUGGGUGCAUCUAACUGUCAAUGCUCCCCCCACAUUCACAGAUACACCACCUCAGUAUGUAGAAGCCAAGGAGGGGGGGAGCAUCACCUUGACCUGCACCGCCUUUGGCAACCCCAAACCCUCAGUCAGCUGGCUCCGGGAAGGCAACCUCAUGGUCAGCAGUACCAAGUAUAAGGUGUCUGAUGGGAGUUUGACAGUGCUAUCCAUCACGCGGGAGGAUCGUGGGGCCUACACCUGUCGAGCCUUCAGUCCCCAGGGCGAGGCCAUUCACACCACACGGCUGCUAGUACAAGGCCCUCCGUUCAUUGUCUCACCGCCGGAGAACAUUACAGUGAACAUCUCACAGGACGCCUUCUUUACCUGCCAGGCAGAGGCCUAUCCUCGUAACCUGACCUACACCUGGUUCUGGGAGGAGGACAACGUCUUCUUCAAGAAUGACCUAAAGCGCAGAGUCAGUAUUCUCAUUGAUGGCUCCCUCAUCAUUGCCCAAGUCAAACCAGAGGAUGCUGGGAAGUAUACCUGUGCCCCUAGCAACAGCCUGGGCCGACCACCAACUGCCUCUGCCUACCUAACAGUGCAAUACCCUGCCCGUGUGGUAAACAUGCCAUCUGUCAUCUACGUGGCCAUUGGUCUGCCUGGUUUCAUCCGCUGUCCUGUAGAUGCCAACCCCCCUGUAACUUUGGUUAAGUGGAAGAAAGAUGGCCUCCCUCUCCGGAUAGAUAAGUAUCCUGGUUGGAGCCAAAUGGACGAUGGGAGCAUCCGUGUGGCAGAGGUGACGGAGGACUCUCUUGGCACCUAUACCUGCAUGCCUUACAAUGCCUUGGGUUCCAUGGGAUGGUCCCCUCCUGCUCCCCUGGUGCUAAAGGACCCUCCCAAAUUCUCAGUGGUUCCUGGAGGGGAGUACAGGCAGGAGGCUGGGAGAGAACUGGUCAUCCCCUGUGAGGCCGAGGGAGAUCCCUUUCCCAACAUCACAUGGAGGAAAGUAGGGAAGCCCAGUAAAAGCAAGCACAAUGUUCUGCCCCGAGGCAGCUUACAGUUCAAGUCACUCACUAAGGAGGACCACGGGGAGUGGGAGUGUGUCGCCACCAACGUUGCCACGAGCAUCACUGCCAACACGCACGUCCAAGUUAUAGGCACAAGCCCCCACGCCCCCACCAGUGUCCAUGUGGUGGCAUCCUCCACCUGGGCCAAUGUGUCCUGGGAGGCAAGCUAUGACGGAGGUUUCCAGCAGACAUUCUCAGUCUGGCUGAAGAGGGAGCACUUAGGUCCACAUGACUGGCUUUCCAUACCUGUGCCUGGAGCCCAUGACUGGAUGGUGGUGCCUGGUUUGGAGCCAGAGACAACAUACCAGUUCAGCAUCCUGGCCCAAAACAAGCUUGGUACAGGUCCCUUCAGCGAAGUUGUCACUGUGAACACACUAGUAUUUCCUAUAAGUACCCCUGAACCAUUGGUGCUGCUUACCCCACCACGGUGCCUCACAGCCAAUCGCACGCAGCAGGGUGUCCUGCUCACCUGGAUGCCUCCUGCCAAUCACACAGCACCUAUCCAGCAUUAUGUCAUGGAAAAGGUCUUGGAGGACAGCAUACAUGCUGGUGAAACAGAGUUGCUUGCCCGAGACCUCAUCCAGGAGGCAUGGUAUGAGUUUCGCAUCAUGGCUGUCAUGGAUGACAUGAUCAGUGAGCCUAGUAAUGUAGUAGGAGUGUCCAGCACAGACAUCUUCCCUCCUCCAGAGAUGGUGGAGGAGCGUGGACUGGCACGGCCUGUAGUGGCUGGCAUUGUGGCCACUAUCUGUUUCCUGGCAGCAGCUGUCCUGUUCAGUACAAUGGCUGCCUGCUUUGUCAACAAGCAGCGCCGGCGGAAGCUCAAGAGAAAAAGAGACCCCCCUCUUUCCAUAACCCACUGCAGAAAAAGUAUGGAAACUCCGUCAUCUUCAGGAAAGGUGAGCCCAGAGAGCAUCCGUUCAAAGGCUUCCCCAUCAGAAUCAUCUGAAGAUAGUCAUGACCAGCGUGGGAAGAAACCACCCCCAAGUCCAGGGAAGAAGGAGGAAUUGUCUUUGUACAAGAAGACUAAAAGAGCAAUAACAAGUAAGAAGUACAGCAUCGCCAAGCAUGAAGCUGAAGCAACAACACCUAUUGAACUCAUCAGCCGUGGCCCAGAUGGACGGUUUGUCAUAGAUCCCACUGACGCAGAAAUGUCUAUUAAGCCUCGGCGAAUUGAGGGCUUCCCUUUUGUAGAAGAAUCAGACCUCUAUCCUGAAUUUCGGCAGUCAGAUGAAGAGAAUGACGAUCCUAGGCCUCUGCCACCAGUUAUGCCCCCCCUUCGGCCUCACCAGAUUUCCCCUUUCUCCAGUCAGGAAUCCUAUCUGCAACCUCCAGCCUACAGCCCUCGUUUCCACAGGCCCUUCGAAGGUAUGACCAUCAUGGAGAGCAGUCGGCUCCAGGCCACAGGGCAAAUCCGAGGCUCUCUCCACCACAGGGCUUUCUAUGGCUAUCUAGGCCCCCCUGGGGAUCAUGAUCCCCCACCUCCUUUUUACAUGCCUGAUACCAGUCCUCUCAGCUCUGUCAUGUCCUCCCCUCCAUACCUUGCUGAGGGUCCUUUUGGUCACCCCAUGAUUCCUGAAGAAAUGGGAGAGGGAGAUUUUCCACAAUAUACUGUCUCUGGUUUUCCACUUCCUCUGACACUCACAUCUUCCUCUCGUUCACCAGAGAUUUGGCAGGGACUGGAUUUCACCUUUGCAAGUCUGGAGGGGCCCCAAUUCAUUUUUCCACCCCAUCACCCUUUGCAUCUCCGCCAUGACUCCCCUUAUCCUCCUCCACCUCAUGUCCUUCCCCUUAGUGCUUUCCAGCCCUCCUCCCUCCCAAUGCCCACCUACCCAACUGUCCUGCCACUGGAGGCUCCAAAGAGCCGCUCAAGUAAGUCUCCCAGCAAGGCUAAGCCUCAUGGCUCCCCAGCCAGGCAUUUAACUAUGCAAGAGGCACAUUUAGGGCAGCUAAGACACACAAGCCACGGUAUGGGUGUGCCAGUUUUGCCUUACACCGAUCCAAUGGCCCAUAUAGUCCCUAGCACAUUCAGUAGCCUGGACACACGAUGGUUUGACACCACCCCUCGUUUCAGUCCCAGACAGGCUCGAAGGAUGGAUUCUGGCCUGCAUCAGGUGGUUCUCCAGCCGUCUCAACUCUCACCCCUCACCCAAAGCCCCCUUAGCUCUCAUGAGGGCUCCCCAGAGAUUGUAGUACGUCCCAGGCCACGUCCCGGCAUUGUCCACCCUCCCAUUCCCCCAGAGAUGUCUGAGAUUACCCUCCUCCCUCCUUCCACAGCCAGUUUCUCAAGGAGAUCUUCCCCUUCCUCCUCACCUGCCCAACGCCAGAGUAGCAGGAGAGCGAGCCCUAGCUACCGUUCCCACAUGUCCUUUGCCACCUCUGCAACCAGCUACCCAGCUUCCCAGUCCCCAUCACCCCCCAUGGAAAGCAGCAACAUAUUUGGGCAGAUGCCAUCUCAGAGGAGGACUGAGGAGGAGAUCCUUCCAUCUGAGCCCUCUCCACCCCAGUUGUCAGCUUCAGGAAAACGUCGAGGUGUGCUGAGUGCCCUUUCGGGGUCUGAGAGGAUUGAUGCUCUGAGAUAUCAGCGUAUUAAAAAGGCCAAGAAAAUGAUGAUGAACAACAAUAAUUCCAAGCCCAGAAAGAAAACAGGUGUCUCCACCUCUCAGACCCAGCAGGCCCACACCUCUCAGGUACUCCAGCCCGAAGAAGCUCUCUACCUCCAUAAAAAAAGGAAACGGCCCAUCCUUCAUGACCCAUAUACUCGCUUUUCUGCUCUGCUGCACCGCCGCCCACAACGGGAGGACCAGAAGGCUAUUUUGGCUAGCAUGGACAACAUAGACCUAGACCAUGCCACUCUCCUCUGAAAGUUUUGAGGCAAAGGUCACAACCAUGCAAUAUGGCACCAUUCCAAAAUACCAAUAGCUAACAAAUGCUACAUCCAAGCUGGAUAAAACAACACCAUCAAUUAAAGAUUUUUGCAGUUUAUUAUGUAUAAAGGGGAAUAGCACUGAAUUUCAGGAUUCAGAUUUGGUAUAUUCGGUAGUUACACCCUUGGUCAGUUCAGUCUGCAUUAAUAAGCAUUCUGCAGUGUUCAUGAGCUAAUCUGUGGUGGCUCCAAAUGUACUUGGAACAAUCACAAAUUAGAUCAAGAACCCAUAAGAUUUCUGUUUUAGGACCAAAUGUAAUUUUUCGGUAGAAAGAUUUAUGAUUGUGAGUAAAAUGCUGGUUUCAACUUAUAGUCAAUGAAACAGCAGCAUUGGAAAAUUGGACAUCACAUCACAGAUUGGAGUCUUGGUUUUAAGUUUUUUUCUUGGAAAAUGUUUGUGUUAUUUAACUGAUUGAGAAUCCCAGUGGCACACAAAAGUUCUGUGUAUACCUAAAUCAACUAGUAUUCCCUUUUAAAAUUGUAUUUGGACUUCUUACAAUUUUUACUCCAGUGCAAAGGAUUAAUUUUAAAAGAUGCAAUACUUCAUUACCAAUUCCAAUUUUUUUCCUUUUUAGAAUUCCCAUUUUUUCCUACACCAGUGAUAUCAUUUUUAUUUGAAAGGCUUCUCCAGACUUGGGUCAUGUUUUUUGUGCUGAGCAAGUUCCUCAAAAAAGCCCUGUGGAUCUCCGUUUACAGCACCUUCCACUGGAUCCUCUCUGCCAGCAACAUCUCUGCUAAGAAACUCGCCUCACAAGUAUGGCUAUUCUAACUUCCUACCAACUAUACCUCAGAGCACAGGACACGAGACCACACAACCACCAGGAUCAGCCAGCAUAACAAACUAGCCUUUUUCCUCCCUUUAGUCAUUACUGUUCUCCAUUUGCUUUUCUUAUAAUAGCAUGUUCCACUUUUCCAUUCAUAUAUGUGCUUAUUCUAGAUUGUUAGACAAGUUAAUUUAGUUUAUUUUCUUGCAAAAUUAUAAUUUUGUCACAAAAGUGAAGAAACCCAUCUUUUCAAGUCUAUUUAGUGUCAUCAUAAAUGAUCAGGACAUGGGCUUGUUGUUUAAGGACUGUCAGACAAAAAGAAACACAGCUCUAAACUACUUGACUUGGGCUACAGAAGGUAUUCUACUUACUUUCACGUGAUAUCAUUUCUUAUGGGAUAGAUGACAUUUAGCAUUGAAUCGCAAAUGUUUUCACCAGGGGCUUACAUUUGUAUUUCACACAUACCAUUACAAAACAUUAACAGAUACAGUGAAAAGUGAUCAUUUAAUUACAAAAUAUUUUUAUAUUGUCAAUUGAAUUACAUUACUGAGAAACAUGGGGGAAAACAUUAGAUUCAAUAUAACACCAUUUAAUUACUCAAAUUAAUUCCUCUUAAGCUCUAUUUUUAGUGUCUCAUAUCUCUGAACAGUUUGCACUGGAGCAAAGUCAUGUCCAUUCAAUAGAUCUGUGUGUUACUUCACAUCCCUUUGUUCAGUUCUUCUGCUUUAGGUAGUUUAGAGGGCUCCAAAUCCUAUUCAAACAGAACUAUAGCCAAGCCAAAACAAGCCAAUUAAAUAUAAAAAACAAAUCAUACAUAGUGAAAGAUAGGAUUUUGUGCCAUAGUAUAUAAUAGUAUUUUUUAUACGUAUUAGAGAGUAUAAAAACAAUGGCUUUGUUUGGCCUUAAUGGAGCAUCUGUUUGGUUGUCUGCCUCACUUUUGUGUAAUUUAUUUCUCUUUAUACUGUUCUUUUUUUGUUUGUGUGCCUCUUUUUGCCAUUAGCCUUUUGGAUUUUGACUCUUUAUGUGCUUAUCAUUUAAAAUGGGAAGACAAGAGUACAGUCAACUAAAAAAAUCAGUAUGUGACAUUGAAGGCAACACAAGAUGAGCCAUUAGUUUUUACUGUACUCUGCUUGUUAAGCAGUUCUGUUUACUUCUUGCUUAGUUUUAUUUUUGAACGAUUCCAGUGAUUGAGAUGAUUGAAUCUGCCUGUCUAAGUCAUAAACAAAUAUGGAUACUAAGGUCCUAAAAACAAAAUUUUAAGAGUUAAAGAAGUGCCAUAGCAUCAGAAACUCAGCUGUUUCACACAUAGUACAUGCUGUAGCUAGGAUCAGCAGGGGAGGAACAUGUGUUGUAAAAGCUCAAACUUUUGUUACCAUUUUUUGUUUGUUUUUCUCAGUUUUGCUCAUAAGGUGCUCAGUUUUUUCAGAGAGUGUAUUCACUCGUAGAUGUUGCAGUAACAUAUCCUGGGCUUCUAAAAAAGAUAUGAAGGCUGUGUCCAUGUUCUGCUGAAGUGUAUUUGGACUGGUAUUGCUCAACUAUGUUCAGAGGUUUUUAUGCAUUUAUCUGAUUUUGUGCAGAUUCUCACAUAGCUGCAACUCCAACAUAGUCUUCGAAAAUCAGCCACAUUUUAAGUGACUAAAUUUUUUUGUUUUAUGGAGAUAUAUCCAUAAUGAAUGCUCAUCAGAGUAUCUACUAAAUUAGUCCCCUGAGAGCCCCUAUUAUACAUAAUUAAAAACAAAUUGUUCUCAAACAUGACCAUAUCCAGCAUACAGGUAAAUAAAAAAAUAAAUGCAUCAUACAGAUGCGUUAUGGUUGCUUUAGUAGUUAAAAAAGCAACUAUUUUAGUAAUGAAGCUAGUGCCUUUACUUUUGAUGGCGUUAUUAUGUCUCCAACGUUGGAGCAUUUGUCAGCUAACAGUUAAGUAUUGAGUCUGUGUCGAUAUAAUGCACUUAUUGUGGAAAUAACGUUGAAAUACAGUUUAUUUAAUAUAGCAUUAACACUUAUAACUAAAGUGAAACCACAAUAUCUGAUUCCAAGGAUAACAAAGUCAGCAUGAAUAGUUUCAGUGAGAAUAAAGUGUCUUGAAAAUACACGUAGCUCACGUAGAUCAUUGAUAAUAAUUGACAAAUCUGCUACUCAGUCAGCUGCAGCAUUUUAGGAAUAAGAGCUACUGCCCAUCUCUGUGAAUGCUGUGGUGUUUGAAGGACUGUACACACAAUCACUUAGCUUGCCUAGAUAAAGAGAAUGGCAACAAGGAUGUGACACCAACAUUAUUCAAACAUUCUAAGGUACUAUCUAAUUGAUUGAUUGAUUUACUGAACUGACUGAAACGUAUCACUGUAGAAGCCAUAGAUGCUUUAGUGGUGGUGUCAAACAGUGACUCUUCUUGCAGCAUAAGGUGCUAAGCAAACAAUGGCAUAAUGCUAUACUAAUGAGUGAGCCUUCCAUAAAUUAUUACACUUCCAUUUUCACAAAUGUGUAAGUGCUGUAUUGUAUUUUUAUAAAGCAACAAGGAAAGGCUGCACUGCUCCCAAUUUAAUCUGUGGUUAGGAGGCACAGAAAAGGAAGCAGGAACCUCUUCUUCUGUAAAAUUAUUCUGGCAUACCAACAGCAAUAAUUAAAAAAACUGCAGGCACUCUGAUGCAUAAUGUUCUACUAGUCAAAUGUAUUAUUGUGCAUUGUUGCUGUUGAGUAUCACAGUUUUUAUGCCAUCUUGACAAAGGUGUUUCCACAAGCUAUAGGAAGAAGAGUGCUGUAGUUUCCUUUCAGAAGGCAUAUUGGUUUUUAAUGUUUCACUGCAGACCUCCUGGUGUUGGUGUUGCUGUGGGUCUUCUGUGCAGCGCUCCGGACAGAAAUAACUAGGUGAAUGUUGGAUUAGUCUUGUUGAAAGACUUUGGCACUGUACUUCCUAGGCCUGUAUGAUAGACUGGACAGUCACUGCAUAUACAACUGUGUAGGAAAUGACAAGAUUCACACUAAAGGGACAGUGGGAUUGCUAUCAAUGAGCAAAUGAUUUUCCAGUUAUGACAUUUACGCUGCUAAGAAAACAUUCCUUGAUACUGCAGAGCAAUUUGAUCAAAUUCAUUCAAAAAAAUCACUAUUCCCUACCAAUUAUAUUAGGGUUUGGAAGCGAAUCAAUAUUAGAUCAGUAGAACAGGCAAUGUUAAAAAUUCCUGGAACUUACAGUAAUUUAAAAGUUUUAAAUCAAGAAUUUAAAACUAAAUUAUUUGCUCUGUAUUAACAGCGAUAACCUCUAAUGGCCAUACUAUUCCAAUAUACUGUCACAGUAGUACAGACACAUAAUGUUUUUGUUAAUUCUUCAAUUAAUUACGUAUAUUGAAAAUUAUAUAGACUGUAUCUGCAAAAUUGUAACUGAUGCACUGUCCCAAUUUAACACUGAGCCUAGUGUUCCAUGUUGUAAUUAUGCCACAUUUACAAGAAACUAGAACUGACAGAUGUGGGAAGAUACCUGAGCUAAAUCACUGAAAUAUAUAUUAGGAAAGGUCAGUGGUAUUACUUUGUUUUUAUAUGUUUAGGUUGAAUGUUGACGGACAGAAUACCAUGAAAACUUCAGUACAGCAGUUUAAAGAAUACCCUGAAAAUUCAACGUCACGAGAGCUCUUCAAACCAGAGGUGGUGGGAAACUGUAGCUUUGUGUGGCUCUACAAUUAUGUCAUCACAAGUGAAAUGAGAGCAGUGCAAGAUGUAGGAUGAGGCAUUUAUCUUAACACAGCUGAGGGUGAAGUCAGCUCUGAAGUGCUCUAUACCUCUUAUUGUGCCACAGAAAAAUGUGACCAUGUACAUAGUGUAUAGAGAUCGAUAUUAUUUGCAUGGUAUAUCUGUUUGAAUACCACUGUCAUAAAUGAGGAAUUGCCACUACCAGAGCAGACAUUCGGUGGCUUAUACGGUCAAGAAAAGUGUGACAGUAGUGAUAUGUUUAGUAACAAAUUGUGAAUCGCAAGCCAAUGAAAAAGUUGUACUUAUCUGAAAGGUCCAAGUGCAGAGGUGCACUUUAGGAAAAGAAAAACGGAACAACCAGUGAAACCACUCAUUGUACUUGAAGAAGUGAUAUUAUUGUGAAUAAGUAGCUCUGCUGUACACUAGUGGGGUUUUUCCAUUAUAGGAACCUACCAAAACGUGUUGAACCGUGUAACGCUUGUCACAGGUUCUGCGUUUGUCUCCACGGCUGUGCACCUGCUUUGGAGGUGCACUCUGCCAGUUAAAUUUCAGCAUCCCUCAGGAGGUAGGGGGUGGGGGUGCAUGUGCACAGAGAAGUCGCCAGUGAUUGGUUAAAUGCUACAAGCAUGUUUGUAAAGAGGCACUUAUACUGGUUUAGAGGUAAAACAGGGACUUCAGUGAGUGGACUGCCUGCAAAGUGGUGAAGACCUCACCUUUCAUCAGCUGUGUUGUACUGUGGAGUGCUGUCUGUUCUCCCUCUGCUCAGCUGACUGUGUAUGUGAGUGGGGAGCAGCCCCUCCCUCUUCGAAACAGAGAGAGAUACAGAGAAAAUACAAUGGAAAAACAAAGCAGGAUGUCCGUGUCAAUCCAGGAGGUUAUGCGGGGUGAACUAGGGUGUAUACCGCUCAUCAAGUGGUGAUAGUGGAAAUGCAGCAUUAUUUUGAAUAAUAAUGAAACCAAAUUUUAAUUCCAAGACUUAUAGGUUCACAUAGUUAAAUAAGUCUACAUUAAAGGUAGUUUUGCUACAGUAGCACCAAUAUGCAAUAAAAUCACAUACAGUUAGAUAAGUUCACUGGGUUUUAAAUUCAAGACAACACCCAGAGUUGUCACUACAUGAUAUUUUUAUUAGAUGUGCUCUUUACUACUUCUGUGGUGUCUUCAACUGAUAUUUUUAUAGUACAUUAGGUGGACAUUACCUCACAAAUGGUAGUCUGGAAUAAAAAGAAACAAGUCAGUUUUAAUGAUCAGAUUGCAGUCUGACUUGUGUUAAGUACAAUACAUAGAUGUUCUGUAAGGCUAGAAAAUAAAUGAUUCUUUGUGAUGUUCCCUAGCUCAGAAUUACCAUGAAUUACAGACCACAGUGAGGGUCAUGCUGCAUAUGAUUCACAUAUAUCCUGUAACUUUGUUGUAUGAGGCCCCAGUAGUACUACACACUUUAAGAUACAAUAACAGUGAUGGUUUACAGGCAAUGGUUCUGUACAGGUGUCUAAAAUAGCUUAGAAUUAGUUAUGUUUGUGGUGUCUGAAAAAAGGAAAUUUUUCACUCAUUUAAAGAGAGUUUGUAAAGAAAAUCUCAGUACUGUAUCACUCUUGACUCUUGAGCUGAGGAGAACUAGAAUCUGGUUUUGGUGUUAUUCUACUCGGGCUUUUUAUAUUUUUAAAAGACAUUAAGAAAGAUAUUCACAUUUUUGACAUGUUGAGCAGGCUUUAAUCCCAUACUGCGUGUGGAGACCCUCUGGUGCUAUGACAUGCCACACAAGUAAAACAUCUUUGGUUUGUAUUUACUCUAACAGACCAUAUGGAGUUGUUCUUGGAUUGCACCUCUCUGCCCUCUGAACUCAUUGCAACAUCUAAAACUGCCAUUUUCUUUUUAUUCUUGCCUCCAAAAAAAGAAGAAGAAGAAGAUCAAAUUUGAGCCCAAAUGAGUAAUGUGAUCUAGAUCUAGAGUUCCAUCACACUGAGAUCACUGACAUUUCUUUAAAUACAUAUUAUUUUGACUUGUGGUCAGAACAGACACUGUUGUCACAAUACCAUCUUGACAUUUGGUCCACAAACUGCAAAUGGUGCAGUGCAAUAAAUCACAAAUCACAACUCUAUCUUCUGAAUAAAAUAAUAGUUCAGAGGCCAGUAAAUAGCUAAAUAUGAGCUUUCCUUAUGAUGAGCAGAAGGCCAUGAAAAAUUUUACCUAUCAGACUAAAAGAUUCUUUCAGGCGCCGUUUUCACAUUUGCCAAGAAUCGGGGAUAUUGUAAUAGAUAUGUCAACUAUAGGCUGAACUAUAAAGUGUCAUGCUGGUGUUUUACUGAAAACCACAGCAGACACCUAAAUCUAAACUAAACUUGACACAUAGCCAAGCUCAUUUCAAAGGUAUGAUCUUUAUGAUGCCAUGAUUACACUAUUGAUACAGGGAGGAAAGUAUUGAGAUAUUAUAAUGUAUCAAGUUUGAGUGUAGAAAAAGGCAUUGCAGAUUUGAAAUGUUAAAAAACAUUUCAUUACACCAUGUAAAUAAUAUCUUAGAUAAGUAUAACUUGUCACACACACACACACACACACAUAUAUAUAUAUAUGUAUAUUUUUUUUGUAGAAGAAAAUAUGAUGCACAUCUAUAUUGAAGGCUGAGUGGGACCUGAGUAGUAGGAUCUGCUUCAGUGACACAAAUCUAAUAUUAUGUACUGUAUGUGUACUGUAUGUGAGUGAUGGAAAUCUAAAUACUAGGAAUUAGUUUGAGAAUUUAAUAUUAUGAAGCCGGGAAAUAUAUAGAAAAAAAAAUCUAUGUAUACUCUCAGUUGGCAGUUUAUUAGGUACACCCAGUCUAAUCCAACAGUCCUGUAGUAAGUCCUCCUUCCUGAAGGUGAUAGUGUUGAUUCAAUUGUAUGAUUAUAUUGGAAGCUAUAAUUUGUGGUGCUGUGUAAUUGUUCUGCCUUUAUACUGACAGGUGGACAUAUAGCUGACGACGAAGAACACCUCUCUAAACCAGUUUGAACACAAACUGGGCAAUGUCACCUUUAUGAAGGAAGACUUAUUGCAGGACUUUUGGAUUACACUGUAACUAGUAAACUGGCAAGUGAGUUUAUAUACAAUAUAUAUGGUUAUAUGAAUAUCUAUAUUUGGGGACAAUAUUUCUUUUCAAGAAUGUAUAAGUCUAUAUUAUGUUAUUUUUAUAUCCAUUGGUUGCUUUAUACAGUAGCAAUGCAGAAUCUUACACAAAGUAGAGAAAUAUGAUGUUUGUCAGAGUUUUUCAGUUGUGUACAAAACAAAAGAGAAUGGUGCACCAAAAUGGCUGUCACUGUACUGUAUAUCUCGCUGUCUAUUACACAGAGACUCUCAGAGAAUGAAACAGCAAACUAGUUUUUAUAGCAACAUUCAUUUGGUGUGAAUAGCAAAUGUAAUAGUUGAAUUAUCUGUGGGCCAUUAUCUUAUCACACUGACCAUUCAUUCUUUAGGCAACAGCGAUUCAGCUCCUUUUAUUUCUUUUGUUUUGGCCAAUCACCUGGCAGGCUUCUGCAGUCACCCAUCCAUCCUUUUAAAUAUGUUUUGGCAUGAAAGAAUGGUGAGAAUUGUUUUCCCUACUAUGGUGCUCCCUUGCAAUCUGUAUCACAACAGAGCACAGGAAAAAAACAUAUAAUAAUCUGAUUAAUAGACUGUGCUGAUAGAAAUGUUUUACAGCAUCUUUAUUUACAGUAUGUAUGUAAUAGACAGUGCUUCAUGAUGCUGCUUUGAACUGGCAUACUGUAAGGGGAUCCACAUGUUAUAAAUCGAAGCAUGUGCAAGUUAAUGCGAUGAACGUUCCCUUGCCUUUUGCUCAAAAGUGGAGGUUGAGCAUUGCAGUAGCUGCUAAAGGUUACUCCAGACACUGGUGACACAUCCAGUUCAGUGCUGUACAUUGCCAAAAACACAUCAUAUACAUUCUGACAACUGGUGCUAUUUAAAAACAUCUGUGGUGCUUUUUUUAAGUUUGUUAUUUCUUUGUUUCAGAGAAAAUGUAGCUACACGAUCCUGUACUGUACUGUAAGUUGCCGUUUGACCAGUAAGUCAUCAUUUGACCUGGUUUGGUCAUGUGUUUCAGAUAGUUUUUGUUGUUUCAGGGAAUACACAGAUCAGAUAGCCUAACAUUUUGAGUGGCAAAUUUUAAAGCAAAGAAAUUUAAUAGGAGAUAAAUUUGAACACUGUACAUGCCAUAAUGAUUUUCUUGAGACUGACUUUAUAUGUUUCUUGUUUAUUUUGUUCUGGUCUUCACAGUGCUUCAGAGUCUAAUGUAUUGGUGACUGCAAAUAGUAUCCACACAUCGUGUUUGGGGCUGAGUAAUCAGAUCUGCUCACCACUUUUGAUAUGGUAUUUAUCUUAGACAUUUAAAUCCCCCUGUAGUCUUUCUGUCAGGUCACAUAAGCAUACUAACUCCUCCCGAAGGGACCCUUGUAAUUGUAGGGAGUGACAUAAAGAUUUCUCACCUGUAAGUCAGUUGCUGGUUGUUCUGCAGCCAAACUACUCUAACACCUGUGGAGGUUGUUUGCUGGCAGGGACCUGUAUAUGUUUAGAAGACCAGAGAAAGCAUCUAAAUAUUGUCUCACAAUGAUGCUGUUUAAAACUUCUUCAGAGGUUUGCUGUGAGCACUCAACUUUUUGGAGCUUCUAUACAUAAAAGAUUUUCUAUUUAUGUAUAAGUUACAUGAAGCUUUCUAUGUUUUUUUCUCAUUAUACAAUGCAAUACACAUGGAAGAGGAACAAAGUGUAAACACUUGUCUCAUCUUAAUUGUUUUGUCUUCCUGAGAUGUGUAGGCCUGGUUUGAGUUACAUACAGUACUUCAUUUUUAAUGAGUUUUUGUUAUACAACCCUUUUGGAAAACAGCAAACAUGUGUGUGUGUGUGUGUGUGUGUGUGUGUGUGUGUGUGUGUGUGUGUGUGUGUGUGUGUUCAUUGUUGGUUACAGGCAUAGACAACUCAGUACCUCAAAUUGUCUCUUCUUGGAAAACCAUAGUCCAGAUAUAUAACUAUUCUGUUUUUUUAUGUUCACCAUCUCUGAGAAAUCAGUACUCACGAUGCUUUUUGUAUUUGUUGGCACAAUCACUAACACGAAUGUAUGGCUGUUGUAAUUCCUGUUCACCCCCACUCUUCCUACAGAUUGAAGCUUUUCAAGCAACUAAAUCGAACUGUCAGUUUUUUGUAUUUCAGAUGUCUUGGUAUGCUUGUUGUAGUUGUAU